AUGUAUAAAUGUUCCGAGUUAACUGAAUCAAAUUCUUCAAAUAAUAAUAAUCCAAUAUUAGAAUCAAAAAAUAAUCAUAAACGAACAUUUUUAUACCAAGAAUUAUUACCUUAUAAAGUGCAAAGUGAAGAAAAGCAACUAGAAAAUCUUAAUGAAAUCAUUAAAAAUAUUUAUAUCAGCUUAGCAGCCAAUGAUUUUUUCAAAGCAAGCAUAUUUUCAAAAGAACUCAGUAACUGGCUUAAUUUAAAAUUUGACUUACCUUCCCAAAUUCGAACAAAACUUGUUAACGUCUAUUACGAACUUUGCACUACUCAGGGGAUUGCACCAGGCCCCCAAAAAAAAUUUGAAUCACUCUUUUUAUCUCUAACUAAACGACAUUACUACCUUUCUAUUCAUGAUAUAUCUCUUGAUUGGAGACCAGCGUUUUUAGUUCUUAAAAGAAUAAUGUUUCCAAAUGACGAAACCUCUAUCAAAGCUAGACCUGGAUUAAGUCUUGAUAAUAUAAGCAUCAUUCCUAUUAUUAAAAAUGCUCGCCUGUAUUUUCCUUCUGAGGAAAUACCAAACAUAUUCAAUGAACUUUUGCCCCUAUUUAACACAUCUAUUAUUUCCGAUGCAUUCAUUGUUGCAGGGAUGCUUAAUCUUUUCUUACCUUGUCAUCCUCCUUUAAAAAAUGAUCCUAAAUUAGACCCAGAAUAUUGGCUUCCUUCAAUUUUCCAUUUAUGGUUACUUGUUUCAAAUUCAAACUAUUAUGAUUUUAUAUUCCUUGAUCUUUUAGGAAGACUUGCAAAAGAAAGUCUUCCAGCAUCAACACGUUCGGCCUGUCUUUUUACAAAUAAUCAAUUAUCACAUAUUUUCACUACUAUUCUUCGACUAUUUGAUAUUCCUGUAGGAAAUAUAAAAAGUCUUGUACCAAAUAAUUUCGAUUCACAAUUAGGAAUUGUAUCUAUCUUACAACAAAAAAGUUUUACCAAAGAAGCAGCAAAACUAAUUAUAUAUUCUAUUUCGCCAUUAUGUAUUACUAGAAAAAAAAGGACUAAAGUGCUUUUACGCCUUAAAAUCCUCCUACAAAGCAUAGAAACAUAUUUUCAUCCAUUAAAUCAUGGACCAUGGAGCAUAAAUCUUGCAAAAUUUUUAUAUAAUCUUUCUAAUUAUUUUGUGGGUAGAUGGAAUAAAGAAAGUAAUAAAGAACUUGAAAUUUUACAAGAAAAAAAAUUAAAUCUACAAAUUCGAAAAGAAUUUGUUUUAGCACUGAGAAAAGUAACAUUUAUGACUAUUUAUAGUCGAAAUUCAGAAGUAAUGGAGCAAUCGCAAAUGACUCUGCAAAAAUUAGCCUAUUUAGAACCUUCACUAAUUCUUCCUGGCAUUUUAAGACGAAUAUAUCCUUCUUUAACAGGUCUUGUUGAAACACAUCGUACAAUUUCAUCUCUUCGAAGCCUGUGUGUUCUUGCACCUAUUAUUUCUAGCACAAGUGUAUUUAGAAAUUACUUAACAAACCUUCUUAGUUUAGUUUUACCUGGAAUUGAUGCAAAUGACUUGGACAAAACAAUACAUAGUCUAAUAUUUAUUUCAAGAGUUGCCCAAAACGUGCCUUUCCAUGAUUUAGCAGGAGACGAGAAUGGCAAGAUUGCUCUAAACUGGAUCGAAAAUGAAUUAAACAAAUUCGAUAAUAUGAUUAAUGAUGAUGAUUAUCUUUUAGAAAAUUGCAAUAACAAUGAUUAUGAAAUAAAUACAUACAUUAAUAACAAUAUAGUUGCUAAAUCAUCAACAGCAUUUUUUCGAGAAUUCAUCUUAGCAUUUUUAGACCGUUUAUUUAUAUUAUUUGAGAAUUUUUCAGAUGAAGCUUCUUUGAAAACCAAAUCAAUUGAAAAUAAUGUCAUCGAAAUAUUGCCUUCAACAUUAACAUAUUUUUUUGCAUCAUUAUCAGAUGAUUUUUUUAAGUUAGCACUAGAAAAAAUCAUUAACUUUGUUUCGAAUAAUGUGAUUUAUCAAUCAAUACACGCUGUAAGUUUUCUUUGCAAUUCUUGCGCAUUAAGAAAUCCUAAAUUAUUCUUUCAAAAACUGUUUCCUAUUCUUAAAGCAAACAUACUUUUUGAAAUAAAAAAUAAUGGCGCGGGUUCAACUAGAAACGCAAGUAUUGAUGUUCAUCCUAGAGAUAAAACAUUAUUAUGGAAUUUACAAAUACUCUCGACAUCUAUUAAUGGCUCAGGGGAGAUUUUAAUCCAAUAUAAAGAAGACUUAACAGAAAUACUCGAUAUUUUAGUUGAAAAAUCUCGGGGGAAUAUAAUUACACAUGUUGGUAUUUUUUUUUCACUAAUAUUAUCAAAUUUUACUACAAUAUAUCCAAUAAAUAGGCAAAUGUUUGAAUUUAAUACAGAAGAUUACGAAAAUAUCCAACCAGAUAACUGGGCUAUCAAAACCAAUUCAAAAAAUCUUAACAUACAAUGGCAUGUUCCUUCAGAAGAAGAAAUAACUUUUUCUGUAGACCUAUUUACUCAUCAGUGUAAUAAGAUUUUAGAAAGCUUAUCAUAUUUAGUGAAAACAUACAAUAAAUCAACAUUUAAGACAGGAAAAGAGUGGUCAGAUAGUGUUGUGAAAUAUUUAUCUUACUUGAAAAGAGCUCUUUUAGGAAUAGCAUCUCUUUUUGACUCCAAUAGCAAAAUAGAAAAUGAAGCUUCAGAAAACAACGAAAAUUAUAAAAUUAAAUAUAGAUAUCCAUCUGGUUAUUUUUUUGAAAACAAAAAAAACGAUCUAAGGUAUAUUCAAAUCUUACAAAUAAAAAAAAAAAUAGGAAAUACUUUGCAUAAUAUACAUAUUUUUUUAACAAAUUAUCACAAUGAUGAUAUUCAGUGUUUUAAGUCUUUAAUUUCAACGUUAAAAACUUGGCUUUUAGAUGUUUUAUAUUGUCAAACUACAGAUCUACUAGAUAGUCUAAUUCGUUCAUAUACAGAUGAUAUACAACCAUAUAAGAUCAACGGUCUUCGAAAAAAAUACCCCCGAGCAUUGCUAAUAAAAAGAGCAGAAAUUUAUCAUGUAACUAGGAUAAAAUUUAAUGCAAAACAUAGGAACAUGACAUCCUUAGAUACUAUAUUACUUAAAGAUCUUGUUAGUUCCUGUUUAAGUUUCUAUUCAGAAAUUCGACAACAUGCACAAAACGCACUAAAUAUUGCAGCAAAAGUUAUAACUAAUUCCCAAAACAUCAUUAUUCUUCCUUUAUUAAAUGCUAUGUUAUCAUCAGAUAUCGAAAUUUUAAAAGGAGCAACUUACUCUUUAUGUACAUUAAAACAUCUAAAACAUAUUGUUAUUAAUAAUUGGGAUUUUAUACCUAGAUUUAUUUAUGGUUUAAUUCAUUUAACAAAAUUCGAUAGAUUUUCACUUAAAAAAAUAUUCGAUAAGGCAUAUAUAGACUUUAUUGUUACUUUUAAAUUACACUCAAGAGUUAUAUUAUAUGAAAAGAAAUUUCUUAACUUAAUAAAACCUACAGAUAAUAUAAAUACGGAAAUUAUAGCUUUAUCUAAGGAUGUAGAUAAAAAACAUAUAUAUAUAUAUAAUGAAAUUAAAAAUUUGCGUCAUGAAUUAAUUAACAUAAUAAAAAAUACUCACUGGCGAACAUCUGCUAUGAUUGGAACUGGAUUAAUUGGGAUUUUAGUAAAUGUAGAAAAUCCUCCUGACAGUAUAUUGGUUUCAUCAGUUAUUCAAGAAUCCAUUAACGAUCAUCCAUUACUUAGGUCUCUUUAUAUAGCAUCUUUAACAUCUUUUCUAUCAAUUCUUUGGCAGCACGGUCUUACCAAUGGAAAUUUAAAAGCUAUUUUGCUAGAAGAAAUGCAAAUACCAACUAAAAUAUUUCAUUACGUAAAUCUUAAUGAACAAAAUGUUGAAGUUUAUACUAAAGAAUUUCUUUUUAAUUUUUCCAAUCCUGUAGAAGACUAUUUUAUUGAUUCACUUCAAUAUGGAUGGUUAAUAUGGCCAAAAAAAUAUCCUGUAUAUGUUAUUAGAAAAGAAUUACAAUUACUGCAACCAGACCCUUUUACUGAGAAAACUUUUGAUAGCAUAAAUCAUCUUUUUUCUGAAGCAUGGUUUGAAGUUUUUUUUAAUCAUUUAAAACAAGAAUCUCGUCAAAAUUUUCCAAAAUUUAGAAUCAUUAUAGCUGUUUUUAUAAAAUUUUUAUUUCAGAUGAUAAAAAAUAUACCUUGUUAUAUAACACUAAACAAUCUAAAACAAAAAAUUGAACAAUUAUGUAUUCCAGAAAACGAUAAAUACAAAAUACGAGCAGGCUCCGAAAUUUUAUCUGGCUUAGUUGCAUCUUUAAAGUAUGAAUCUGUAGAAUAUUGCAAUCAAACCUGGGAAUGGAUAUUACCUAUAGUUAAGAAAAAUUUUGAAAAUAUAACACCAGAAACAUUAAAUUUUUGGUUGAAUUUUGUUAAAUUUUGUUUCUCUGAAAAAGAUCCUCGAAGAUCUUGGUCUUUUUUUAAAAUGCUUAUAUCAUUUCGCUUGGAUAAAAAAUCAAGCUUAGCAUUUAAAGAAAGUGCAAAAAUAGCGCUUUUAAGAAAAGCCAUUAAACAUUGUGGAUGGCACUUUCAAUUUACAAAUCCAAUUAUAGAAAAUCUCUUAUAUCACCUUGAUCAUCCAUUUAACAGUGUAAGAAACGAAAUAGCAAAAACUUUAAGUAUCAUUGCAAGUUUUGAAUACCACGAAUCUUUCUGUAAUGUAGAAUCUUUUAUAGAAUAUCAAUAUCAAAAUCGAAAUUCUUACCUAACGAUUCCUUAUAUAUCAUCAAACCAUCUUAAAGAUAUUGUGAAAAAAAUAUUUUCUCAACUAAAAAGCUGGAAAUCAAAAUAUAUACUUAAAUCAGAUUCACUUUCAUAUAUCUCUGGUUGCAAAACAAUACUUUCCUGGCUCAAAUAUUCUUUAAAUAGUCCAGAACAUGCUCUUAUUGUACCACACAUUCCGAAAACCAUACUGCCAGAAAUCAUAUUUAUGCUAGAUGUCAAAGAGGAUCCAGAAUUAUUAUCAUCAGUACAUCAAGUUUUACAACAAAUAGGAAACAUUUGUUUCCCAUCAUACUUGUUACGCCCUAUGACCAACUCGAUUAUUAAAAUUAUGACAUCAUCGGAAAAUUGGCACCAUAAACUUAAUGUAUUUCCACUUCUACAAUCAUUUUUUUUCAGAAAUUUAUUUACUCUUCACCAAAAUUGCCAUAAAAAACUUCUAAAAGAAAUCAAACUACUUUUACAGGAUCCCCAAAUUGAAGUUAGACUAAGUGCUGCUUCAACUCUUACAGGAAUGAUACAGUGCGCAAGAAAUACUAGUAAAACUGAUAUAUCACAGCUUUUAAAACAAUUUUCAGAUCUUUUAACAGAUAAUCCUUUGCAAAAAAAUUGCGCAACAUUAACUGUUAUAUCUCGUCACGCAGCCGUACUGGGUCUUUCAGCUCUUGUAAUGGCUUUUCCAUAUGAUACUCCAGAACCAUGGAUUCCUCCUGUUGUUUCCCGUUUAGCAAGAAUAGGAUUAGAUCCUCAUCCAAUUGGAAGCACUGUAAGAAAAUUUGUAGCAGACUUUAAAAAAACACAUUCAGAUACAUGGGAUAUGGAUCAAAAAACAUUUACAAAAGACGAACUUGAUGAUUUAUCAGAACUUUCUUCACAUAAUUAUUUUACCUAA